UGAGGGUCCUCUAACUACAUUGCCAUUUGGAGUAUAAAUGCAAGAUUUGGAGUGAGUCAGGUACCAUGACAUACUUCUGGCAAUCUUUUAUCAGUAAAAGAAAAAUCUCCCGCAAGAUGGAGACAGGAAUAGAGUUUCCAGGGGAAAAGAUGCAAAAGCUUUGCUGGACCCUAGAGACUUUCAGCUGAUGUUGCAGUGCAGAUGGUGUUUGAAAGGCUGUCUGUGCAGCCACCUCUGUUGUCGGCUGACUCGUUUUCGCUCAAGUCUUGUCAUUUACGUAUAUACUUAUGCCCAAUUUUGUCUUUUGGAUUCCUGCUCAGACAGGCAAAUUUGCCGAGUCAGUGCUGACAUGCAUACCUAUACGUGCCUGCCAGAGUGCACAUGUCUUGGAGAAAUGUCCUCAUGAUCACACGUUGAGUUUUCCAGUUUCUGAUGACUCGUGAUCAAGAUAAUCAAAUGAGUCAGUUAUCUUUGAUGAUUGGCGUGGACGAAGUAGGUGGGAUUGAAGAAACCCUGAUUGCAGUGAUAAGUUAGUUUCAUGCAUUAGAAGUGGGAGCAGGGCUAUACUAAGUGGGCAUUGCAAUGCUUGGUGGGAACUUCUGAGAAAUAUUCCUUUACUUUCGGCAUCUGUUUGGGUUUAGGACAAAGCUGCCGCGGCCCUUUCUGGCGUCAUGCGUGACUUGCUGCUAUGGUUUUUGUGUGCAAUGCAAUGCAAGUCUUGUUACUGAUUGAAAUAUGUCAGUGUUACCAUAAAGACUGUAAUGUGACCUCAGCGAG